CUGAGUGACAUGAAAUACAUCUUUGAAGAAAUUCUAUGAAAGUUUCGGUUCAUUUGUUGUUGUUUUGGUACAUUAAAUAUUUCCAGAAUUAAAAGUACACUGGUACAAUUUUGUGUUCAUGUAAAACAUUAAUAAAUGGUUUGAAAGAAUGAGAAACGGUUAUCUCCAUCUACUUCUUAUGCAAAAGCGGUCAGUGUUUGGUUGCAGCUUCAUCUUUUAAACAAGUCAACAAUUGAACAGAUCUAAAAGUUGAAAACAAAGAUGGCAUUUGUUUAUCAAAGCGAUGCUGAUCUGGAAGCUAAAGCUAAGAAAGCGGCAGAGCGCAUAUCAGAGAAUAUGCAUAUUGUUGCCAAUGAACCAUCUUUGGCUUUGUACAGACUACAGGAGCAUGUCAGGAAAGCCCUGCCCCCCAUGGUAGAGAGGAGAGUUGAGGUCACAAAGCUACAGCAUGAACUGCAGGGGAGAUGUUAUGAUGUGGAGUAUGCUCUGAGUGCAGUCAAGUCAAUGGACGCCGCAGCGACCAGCUUCAACAAAAUCCAGGAAAUGUUGAAGCAAUCAAUAUUUUUAAAGCAACAAUUGAAAUACGAGGAAGCGCGACGAAAUAAAAAAGAUACCAAUUCUGUGUACAAACGUCUCUCUGCGCACAUUGUGCUAGACCUCCCGGAUUUAUCCGACUUCUCCAUGAUCAGGGAAACUACUAACAGGAUAGAGAAUAUCAUGACACAUGCGAGAGGGUCGAAUGCUGAGCUGCAUAGAUCCCAUACAACUUUACAUUAGAAACCCACUGAAUGAGUUUAGCAAUUUCGCACUUGUCUAUGGUUUUCUGUUCCAAUAACCUCGUUUGUAAGCAAGUCAAUACAUUUAUAGUAGGAAAAUUAAGCUUAAUUUACUAUACUCCGCGAAAAGCAGGAGAAUCCGAAUGGUGUAAUUUAUAAUUUCUUACUAAUAUUCCACACCAAAUAGACCUUCGGCAAUGUACCCUCUACGCACGUUUCGCUCUGAAACCGGAGCAUCAGGAGACGUAGACUUUACAAUGAACAAUAGUUAGGAUUUCUUCUAAAGAUGCCAAAUCUCUAGCUCUACUGUCUAAUAAAUCAAAUUCAAUAUUGAGUAAAGUAUUUUUAGAUGGAGUUUCAAAUUAUCUCAAACCAGUGACGAGAUUCCUCAUUUAACCAAAUUCUUUUGGUUAUUGCAAUAUUACAUGCCCAACUUCGAGUUCAACAGAUUGUAAAGUCAACAUCUCCUGAGGAUGCUCUGGUUUCGGAGCGCAACGUGCGUGCAGGGUACAUUGCUGAAGAUCUGUUUGGUGUGCAGUAUAAGGAUUGAAGAAAUCAUAAAUUACAUCAUACAGACUGUAUUGUCUGCUAUGUGGUAUUGGGUAGUGUAGCACAUGCUCGACACUCGCACUUUUAUCUGGCACGUCCACUCUCGCCUAAUCUCUCGUGUAACAAUGUAUGUUUGUGUAUAGUUUACGUAAUAUUAUUUAACAAAUAUAAUAUUCACAAACACUACACAGACUCUCCUGCUUUUCGCGGAGUAUAGCUAAUUAAGCUUAAUUUUCAUAAUAUAUCACGGAUUUCCGCAAAGUAAUGCCUGCUUCUAUCCAAGGCAAUACAAGUCUCCGAUACUAAUAUACUCUUACUCACAUAGUUUGCCUGAUGUCUGAAGGGCCUUAAAACAUUAGUAGACAAAUCUAUGGGAAUUAACGGAUUCUACUCAGACAUAUAUUCACGACUUAUCCUUGCACGUUCUUGGUGAAAAGUCACUUUUAAAUUUGGAAAGGUUACGUUACCCUGGUUUUAAUUCAAAACUUUAUGCCAUUCAAACUUUAAUCGAGUUAUCUGCUUUGGUGUUGCUUCUCUAUUUUGGUUAUGAGUGUAACAUAUUUAUAAUGUAUCACAGCAGAAUAUAAUAGUAAUAACAAUAUCCAGUAUCUAUAGACUCAUAUUUAUUAGUAGCAUUUCAAAAUCAAACGAGAGUAAAUCUACAAAGUAAAUGAAACUUUUGGUGCACUUGCUAGCAAUCAAUGUAUAUUUUAGUAAUUUAUAUUUAUUUAUAUGUAUUUAUAUUAGACUGCAUAACCACUUAAAACUAGUACCAUAAGAACAAGUUUUCUCUGGAGUUAAUCGGGGAGUCCUUUUCAAGUAUCAAAAUACCGAGUAAAAUGGAUCUUAUUCUUAUAGCAUUAAAGCUACGCAUUAGCCUAUAAUACUUCAGCUAGGGCUUUUGGCAGUGCGUUUGUAAAUCAUAAAUUAAAGAAACAGAAUUUGCGACUCUAAACCGAGGAACAUACGGUCUAUUUUACUUUGUCACCUGGCUCAUCAAUUGUAAGCCAACAAACCAUGUUCCAAGUAAGCCUAUAUUCACUACAGGUGAGAUUGCAGUCAAGGCAAACUGGGAAUUUAAAAAAAUAUAUCACAGAAUAGGUUCUCACUCCCGGACUUUAGCUUUAUAUAUUGAUAACCUGUCCUCGAUGUUGCUUUAUCAAUACAGGCCCUACGCAAUCUCUUUUAACUGUAAGACCUUGACUUGAAUUGUUUACUAACAUGUCAAUGUUUACUUUGUUUACUUAGGAACACUAUUUACUUACAGAAAAAACGUACCGUAAAAAAACGUAGUUUAUAAAAGGUUUGUCUUAAUAAGGUAAUUCGACGCUAAACUUCCCAUCUUAUUAUGUGCUUACGAUUAACGUUUUAGAAUUAUAUUCAUCGAGAUAAACUAAUGAAGAUUAACAUAAAUCCGAUUGAAAUUUUGACAACCUGAUGGCGCAGCGGUGUGCGCUGUGAAUUUCAGUAGGAGGUCCCGGGUUCGAUUCCCGACAGGGGCAAUUUGGGAUUAUGAUUUCUGAAUUUUCU